CAAGCACGGAGCAUUUUUUCUGGAUUGUGGAAUACAGGGAGAUGGACACAGAAAGUUCAAGGGAAAGAGAUAUAACCAUUUCAUGGUUCACUGUCCCACAGAUAUAUCCAUCAUCAGCCAAUCAGUGUUGAACAAACAGGUACUGUGACAGAUACCACACCUAUGACAGGCACCGGCACGUGGAGAAAAGAGCGAGAGGGUGGAGAAUAGAUACAAAGAGCCUGAGACCCGAGGAAAAAGUGGAAGAAAGCAGGCGCUGCUUCAAGAAUCUGACUGCGAUUCACGUGGACACUGUUGGAAAGUUUAGAUCACCAAGGGAACAACAUAACAAGGACUCGUUGUCCGAAAAACUGAGAGCCACAAGACAAACUGUGGAGGAUGGACACAUGGCUGAAUGAAGUCCAGAAGUAUCCAGCCCUGUAUGUCUUGUGCUGUUCUGUAACCUUCAGGAUUCUUCACAGGUUCCUGCAGACUGUGCCCUGCCCCGCCAUAGUGGACACAGACCCCUGGAAGACGUGGAAAUGGAGGAACCUCUCAGUGUCUCUCGUCCACUCACUGCUGACCGGCAUCUGGGCCGUCGCCUGUGUUAUUCAGCAUCCUGUGAUGGUACAUGAAAUCCACUCAACCUACACCCCUUCAUCCUACAUGCUAAUCAUCGUCUCAUCUGGGUAUUUCAUUCAGGACGCUGCUGACAUUAUUUUUAGUGGGUAUGCAAAAGCAUCUUGGGAGUUUUUACUUCACCAUUUUAUGGUGAUCUGGUGUUUCUUGUAUGCCGUGUUCACACAUCAGUAUGUGGCAGGUGCAGUGGUGGCUUUAUUUGUGGAGGUGAACAGCGUGUUCCUGCAUACACGUUUAAUGCUCAAACUGGCUAAGGUGGCCCAAAACUCUUUCCUCUACACUGUUAACAAACUGUUGAAUGUGAUGACCUACAUGAGCUUCCGGCUUGGAGCACAGUUUUACCUCACCUGGUACCUCAUACAUCACUACUCGUCGUUGGAUCAUGCUCUCUACUUCCUGGUGACCAUGAUGCUCAUGAACAUUAUGAUUCUCAUCUAUUUCUACCGCCUCCUCCGAACAGACUUCUUCAACAAGAAGCGUCCUCACAAAAGCGUUCCUAAAUUUGCUGAGGAUUAAACUUACAGAUGCUGAUGUCUAUCGGUCCAUAAACCAGAGGCUGCAUUCAACAUUUAUCCGUAGGAUAUCUGUACUGAACAGCCAGACCUCACCAGACACAAUCUGUUGCCAAUCAGGGACAUUUAAAACAUGUUAGAAUAAAACAUUUAUAUUUAGAACAAUAAAAAAAAAACCUACUUUAAACCCAAAAAGGUUCAUGGUAGCCAAUUGUUUAAGACUCUGUUAAAGAUGAGUUUUACACUGCAAAAAAGUGAUUUUCUUUUUUCCCAGUACAAAAAUUGCAAAAAAAAAAAAAAAAACAUUUACUUGAGAAACAAAA